AAAGUGAAUCCAACUGUGAGCGGCGAAAUUCUAAAUAAAAACGAAAGAAAAUUUCACGUUACCAAACAGAGCUAAUCGAACAAAACAAAAAAAACAAAGUUUGAGAAUGUCUGUUGUAUUGCAAAUCCACUUGCUUCACUUGUUUGUUUACAUCUGGAGUACUGUCAAAAAUGUCGUCCGCUGAACCUACAACCUCGCACCCACAACUCAAUUCAAAAUGUUUAAAGGAAAAUUUAGAAAUUUCAUUGCAAAUUAUUCAAAAAUAUCGAUGGUUAAUUGAUACAUACGUCUUGGACUUUUAUGUCGAUAAUCAUUGGUCCAAACUUCCAAACUCGUGGCAAAACCACUUGGAGCCUUUGGAUCCCCAUGAUUUAGCUAAUAUCCUAAGUGGCAAUAAUGAAUCCUCAUCAGUUCGACCUCUAUCGAUUCUGUGUCUUAUGUCGCUCAUGAAGAAGUUAUGCAUUUCGAGAGAUAUAGCCAACUUUGCGUCUUCGGAGACAUACCCGUUUAUCUUGGAUCACCCAAAGUUGAAGAAUCUCUUUACCAAAUGUGUCAAACCCAAGAAGCGCCAUGAAAUCGCAAAGAUGGCAAAAGUCUGCAAUAAAAGUUACAUCGAUAAUUCAGUCGACUUUGUUGUUGAUUUCGGGGCUGGACUUGGUCACUUGGCCAGGGUUCUUGGCUAUGCUUACGGGGUACAAGUGUGUUGCCUUGAAAUGCAAGAUUCUCUCAAUGAUCAAGCAAGAAUUAUUGAUUCCCAAUUUGAGGUAAUUGCUUCUAAGUUCCUUUCGUCGGAGCAGAGACAACAUUUUCGUCGCCCUGUCCACGUUGCUAUGACCCUCACAAGUUCUCUGUCUCCCGAUGAGUUCGUCGAUACAAUUACUAAUGCCUUGAAGAUAUCAAAAGGCUCGACUUUUACAUUCGGCAUCAUCGGACUUCAUCCAUGUGGAGAUUUGGGAGCGAUUCUCAUACAAAUGUUCCUCAAGUGCAAACAAGCAAAGUUCCUUAACUUCGUCGGAUGUUGCUAUAUGAAACUAUCGACUGGAUUAAUCCCCAACCCCGGCUAUCCUCUCAGUGAUUUCUUGAGAAAUAAAACAAACAUCUCCCGCCUGACUUAUGAGUCCAGGGAAAUAGCUUGUCAUGCAGCUGAGGUCUACUGCGAUCGUUUGAGGAGUGAACUGUACGAGGACCUCAAAGUUCAUUCAUUCAGAGCCACAAUCGAGAAGAUAUUUGCCAAGUAUUGGCCCGAAUUGAAGCACACUGGUUUGAGAAGUGUCAAACAUGCCAAAGGAAUGAGCUUUGACGACUAUGUUAAACGAGCAACAAAUGGAUUGAACAUCAUCGUUCCCGAUGAAGACAUUGACUCUGAAGUCACUCAAAACGACCUCAGUCAAUGGAAGCGAAUUGUAAUCUUCUACACUAUGCGUCUACUCUUUGCUCCUCUGGUGGAGACAGUCGUUCUCUAUGAUCGCAUCCUGUACUUGAAAGAGAAAGGACUCUCUGUGAGCAUCGCUGCAAUCUUUGACCCACGUCUCUCCCCAAGGAACCACAUUACCAGUGCAACAAAACAAUGACUCUUUUUGGAUUCUUUUUACUUUCUCGCUUGUUCUAUAGAUUUCCCAGAUUCAGGAAUGUUUAAUAAAUUAAUAUUGUAUUUACAAAUGGA